AUGCAUCCUGGGACACAAAUACCGGACAAGCCAGCAGGAGUUCACAAACACAAGUCAGCCACAGGCACUCUCUGUACCAACUGUGAGUCCAAACAAUCUAUGUCUUACAAAUUGGACCCUUCAGUCUCCACGGAGACCAGGGAUUCGGUAAAAUUGGCCUCUUUGAAAAGGUCAAGAAGGCAGAGCGAUCAUUUUGCGUUUGAUAAUUUUGAGAAACCCAAAUGCACUUCUUAUGACAGUGAAGGAACAGCGACUGUGAUACCCUGCGCUAUUGAAUGGGGCCCCACAAAAGAGGAGCUCUCGGAAUUCAGCAUUUUUUCAACUCCGACAGGCCUUUCCACCACGACAUUGACCUUGUUGCCCUCCACCAGAAUGACAACUGCCAGAACUACAACCACCACCACAGCCAGCACCACAUCUACCACUAUGCAAACCACCACAACCACACUCAGGAGCCCUAAGAUGGUAGUGCCUGAGCCAGGUACAACGGAACCGAACCUAAGCUGGGAGCUGAGCAACACAGCCAGGCCAUCCCGGAUAGGAGACUCAGGAGGUUUGGCUGUUCACCAGAUCAUCACCAUCACAGUCUCCCUCAUCAUGGUUGUUGCUGCUUUGAUAACGACAUUGGUUUUAAAAAAUUGCUGCGCAGAAAAUGGAAACGGACACCGAAAUAGUCACCAACGGAAAAUCAAUCAACAAGAGGAGAGUUGCCAAAAUCUGACUGAUUUUACCACAGCACGAGUGCCAAGCAACCUGGACAUAUUCACUGCGUACAAUGAGACCCUCCAGUGCUCCCAUGAGUGUGUCCGUGCAGCAAUGCCAGUCUAUGCUGACCAGGGCCUACACCAGACAACAGUCUAUAAAACCACAUUCAAUGGAAACCGAACACCCCCAUCUGAACGGCAGCUAAUCCCAGUGCCCUUCGUAUCGGAAAAAUGGUUUGAAAUCUCCUGCUGA